GUUUCUGAAGAUGCAUUGUGGGUAAUCAAGAUGGCGGCCCUCGUGAGAGGAACGAGAGUUGGUUCACGUUUGAUGACCCUUUUACAGCGGAAUUCUUCAAGAUUAAGAACGCAUAUUCCUGCAGUACCAGUUCGUAUUUAUAGUUCCACAAGUAAGAAAGUGAAUCAGUCAGAAUAUGUCACCGGUAGGCGGACAGAAGUUGAUGAGGAAAGAAUUCAAGAAAUUAUCAGGGAAGGCAAGAGAGAACCGAGUGUGGACCCAAACGACCCGGGUUAUGUCUCCCACGGCUUCAGCAAGGACCCCCAUAUUGACACGUGGUCGUAUCGUUGGAUCUUCUUUAUGGGUUUCUCCAUUUUAAUGGUGGUUGCGCCGCUGUAUGUACAUUACCUACCUGAAAGCAACGGUCGUCAGUGGGCACGGAGACAGGCAGAGAUUGUCAUCAACGAGCGGCGAAAGAAGGGGGUACCGCUGAUCGAUGCCAACAUGAGCGAUCCAGACAAAAUCGUGCUGCCGUCGGAAGAGGAGGAAGAGAGAGUGUGGAAGAAUCUCCAUCGCUAGGGGGAUCGGGGUCUUUGUUUUAGAAAACAAGGAAUCUGAUUGGUCAAAUUAAUGUAUCACUGGUCAGAAAUGACACCCUGUGUCCAAUCACAGUGACUUUUAUCCAACAGAAAUUUCGAGCAGUUAUGAACGGAAGAAAAUGUUCAUUUCAUGUUCAUGAAAUUGGAAGCUCUGUAAAAGUCAACUGUGACUUGAAAGUUGAGCAUGAUCAUUUCUUACGUCUCGUUUUGUGGUUUUAUUUCUGUUACAUGAGAGAUGUGGGUAAAUCUACUCCAGUGAUACGUCAGUUUGCAUUGUUGUAUAAAAAAAAAAAUUAGUAAAGUAGGAUUGAAUUUUGUUUGAAAGGAAUGUGUUUCCCUAAAUAUUUGAUUUGUAAUAUUCUGUUGAAGUUGAGCAGUGAUGGCAAAAAAAAAAACGUAUUGCAUGAAAGAUUUCUGAAAGGUAACGUACCCACUGCAAACCCAAAGUUUGCACUUGAGUGUGCAUUAUUUGUGGUCAAAGUGAGAGUACGCCAAGUCGCAACAUGAUGAGAGAUCCAGACAAUUGGAAUCGAUACGAUAGUUGAACAUUUUACGUGCAGAUCCAGUAUCUGUGAAGUCUGAUAUCAGAGGAAUGUUGAGAACGGCUACAGAAACUCAAUGUUCUGAAUCUAGUUCAGAUUUUUUUUUCCAUAUUUUUUUUGGGUGAGAGUUUCAUAAUAAACUGCUAUUAAAGACAGUAGUGCAUUGUAUUGUUGUCCUUUGCUGUGAUGGGAGCUUUAUAAAUAUGGCUCUUACGGGAAUUGUGUUAAUCAGUAAAUCACAAGUUGAUCACAAGUCAAUCGCGUUAACAGGAGAACGGUGACAAAGGAAUGCCUUUUUUACAGUUCAUUUGAAAAGCUUGUAAGAGUGGACGACUUGUGGUGGCGUGUGACAGACUGGUAUAAAACUCUGGUUCUAAAGGGUAUGAAAAUGCUUUGUUGAUUAUUGUACAAGAAUAAUGUCAUGUUCAUGGAUGUGGUCGUUAGGGCAGAGGCUUUGUUUCGUUGCACAAAAUUGGUUUGUGUGCCAUCAGUGGACGAUGUUCUCCUCCGACUUGGUGUUUCAAAUAGAUCCCAUGGCACCCUUGUUUUGCAUGGAACCUGCAGAGAGCCAUAAGUUGGCAUAAGAUAAUUAACCCUAACGUACCUGCAUCCAUCAAAAUCCACACCCCUGUUUUGGAGGAUUUGGGCGGAUUCAGGACAGUAAGCCUUAGCGGUACUGCAGGAUUUUGAUGGAUGCAGGAUACCUCCAUGUUGAGCAGUUGGGGGACUUUAAUGGAUUCAGGAUCUCAAAUGUUUGGUGUGUAUGAGGUAUAUGUACUUUACUGGUGGAUUCUGGUGGACUCGGGACACCAACAUUGUUUUUGCAUGACAAAAUUGUUGGAUUUUGGCAGAUUCAGGAUACUUUCUAGUAAAAGUGCUCAUGGGGUUAGGGUUAAAAAGUUAUUUCGAAAUCAACAAACAAACUGGAGCAUGAUAGUUUGUUUCAAGUGGUUUUAUCUUCACGUAAACUUGAAUCCUUGAUCCUGAUUGGUCGAUCCAUGGCAACAAGCCGUGCUACAUAUAACCAUGUAGCACGGCCACGGUCCAUACCACACUCUGCGUAUUGCUCUUUUCUAAGAUGCGCGCAUCAUAUCGUACAACACGCACCUGCAAUAGGAUAACCACUGAAAAGAUCGUGCACUGAAUGCGUGUUUCAUCUUUACUGUGUGCCAAGUUUGCUUGAAGAUAAAUUCGUUAUCGCGCUCGCGCUCGUGGAACACGGAAAAUGUUGUGCGUCUGUGUUCCACAUACCACUCGGCCUUCGGCCUUUUGAUAUGUAGUACACACGCACAUUAUUCCGUGUUCCACUCGCGGGAUAACUUAUAUAGUCUGAUGUAGCUCUGUCCUGACUUCUAAAGGUCCAUGCAGUUAACUGAUUUGAAUACCAUUGGAAAUACUUAAAAAUUGUUUAAACUAGUAACCCUUGCAUUUUGAUCAGUGUAAUAUAAAAUAACAGAUUUUGAGUUGUUUUUGAGAUUAAAUACAUUUGGACUGAAGUAAGGA